AUGAAAUACUUUAGUGAACAGCAUCCUAGUGGAAUUCUCUUCAGCAUCCUAACCCAUAAGUGUGACUUUGCACACUUCAGUUAUCCAAAGACAUGCAUCUGUCAUUGUAAGCGGUUGGUGCGUUUGAAAAACCCAGAGAUCAUCUGCCGUGCAGCCUUUGGGGUUCUGAUGAAAACGAUUAACUUCAUGAAGAGCUUACCUUCCUUUCAAAGCCUGCCGUUGAACGAUCAGCUCAUCCUUGUUCAGAACCGCUGGGUGCCGCUCUUCAUCCUGGGUCUUGCUCAAGAGCAAGUCACUUUCGAGGUGAGGGACGUCCCUGCUGCCAGCAUCCUUAGAAACAUACUGAUGAAUGGGCAGCAGAAAUCAGACGACUGUCUGCCAACCCUGGCAGAAGUGCACAAGCUCAAGACGUUCCUACACAAAGUAUGGAGUCUGGAUCUGAGUCUAAAGGAGUAUUCAUGUCUCAAGGCUGCAAUACUGUUCAGUCAAAAUCUUUCUGGACUGAGGAGGUCAGCAGUGAUGGCGGGACUGCAGCAGGAGGCACAGAGAGCUCUGCACAUGCUGAUUCUCUCCCACCCUAACCCCAGAGAUCGGCACACAUUCACGGACGUGCUGUUUAUGGCCAGCGCUCUGCAGAUGGAGGCCCAAAGCCUGAUGACAGAACUGUUUUUCAGACCCAUCACCGGCCAGAAGGAUUUCCACGAACUCCUCAUUGAGAUGAUUGUCAAAAACUGUUAAA